CUUUUUUUUCAUCCUCUUUCUCUCUCUUUCGUAUCCAUUGAUCAUUUGUGGCCAAUUUUCAGACUGAAAUACUGAGAUAAUCAGCCAAACCUGAAAAAUCCCCAGCAAUCAAAACCCAAAACUCCAUUAGCAGUAGUACAAUCAAACGUAAGCCUUUCUGGUUUGCACACCAACUGUUUGUUUAUAUGCCUACAUGAAGCUUAGUAGCCUGAUUUCUCAGAAACCAUCUUCUUCUUCUUGGCCUUUAUGUUGAGAGAGUAAAGCUCAAGAUAGGAAGAUCCGGAAAACCACGAAACAUGGAGGCUUCAGAAAUUUGGCAGGUCCUUCGAUAGCAUCUCUUUUCCAAGUGGAAAAUUGGUGAGCAUUUGGUAUUAGGUUUUGCAGUUAAUUGGUCACCUGCUCUCUCAAACUCCAGAGGAUCUAAAAGCUGACGUUUGAUAUUAUUUUAUUUUGGGUCAUCAAGAAAGUUUUGCUUUUUUUGGGUUUUUGUUUCUUGGGUUUGAGAAUUAGACUAGGGAAGAAAUGGCAGACCAUCAUAACUCACUCUCCCAAAUUCAUUUCACCAAAUCUGUUUCGUCAUUCUCUGGAUCACCGAGGUUUUUCAAUGGGUUUCUAACAAGGAGUUUAUCAGAUACUGAAACAAUGAGUCCAGUUUCAAUUCUCGAUACAAAACCAUUCUCAAACUCUUCUUCAAACCCAUCAUUUGGUACUAUUUUCAGUACCCUCUCUGUUAAACUCCCGAAGAAUUCUCCUGUAAAUAAACAAUCUUGGGAAGAAUUCGGUACUAGAGGGAUUGGUCUCGUUCUUGAUGACUUGAUAGCCGAUGAGAAGAAUUCUGAAAACAUUUCUUCUCCAAAAUCAAGUAGUACCGGUAAGAUCCUGUUUGGAUCAAAGCUUAAGAUUCAAAUUCCACUUCUUGCUGUUUCUCCUAGUCAAUCACCAAAAUCUCCUGCUGAUUUUGGGAUCAAGAGUAACCGAGAUUUUUCAAUGAGCCCUUUAUCAGUCAACUCUCCUAAGACUCUUUCAAGAUAUCCAUCUUUUAGUGAGAUGGAAUUAUCAGAGGAUUAUACUUGUGUCAUCACUCAUGGACCUAAUCCAAGAACCACUCAUAUCUUUGAUAACUGCAUUGUGGAGAGCUGUCCUAAUGUAGUUGGAUCGAAAAGGGACCAACAAUGUUGUCUGAAUCGAGGUGAGAAAGGCUCGUGCAGUUGCCAAGACACGAUCUUUGAUGAUGAGAAUGUGGAGUUUGGAAGUUCUUUUUAGAAACCCAUCAUCUGUUUCUAUUUCUCUAUCUCUAUCUAUAUCUAAUUCUCUUUUUUGGCAUGAGAUUAUUAUUGUUGUUCUGUCUGUCCUAACCUCUCUUCUCAGAGGCUUUAAUUUUUAUACUUAAGUUUUGUGUAAAAGACGAUCAAACCCAUCUGGGUUCGGCUUUGCAAAGCCUUAUUUUGGCUUUCAGUACUGUUAUCUCUGUGAAGAAGAAGAAGGUGAAUGAUUGAAGAAUAUUAUUGUUGGUAUUUGUUUUUCACUAGCCAUGGCCGUCAUCAUUAUUAUCAUGGUCUUUUUCAAUUAUGCGUUUCACUAUCUGUCUUCUCUGGAUUAAUAUUAUUAUUAUUAUAAUAAUUAUUAUUAU